GUAUAUGAACAUACUUUUUCCAUUUGAAUUGAAAUAAACUUGUUCAAGAUUUCAAAAAUAGGAGGUGAAAGUUAAUUUCCUCAGUCCAUACGUAGGCUCUUGCCCUGAUUUUCAAAAAGUGCUGAGCUCCCAGCAGCUUGUACUGAGGUCAAUGGGAUGAACCAAAAAUAUUCCAGCAAGAACAUGGCAAAUAAAAAGAUGGAAAUAUUCUCCCCUCUGGAAGCUGUGCAAAUCUGUGCUGUGCUGGAGGACUGUCUUGAUCAGCUUGCUAUUCUUGGAUAUAUUAUGCCAGUUUCCUAUGAGGGCAGGACAGACAUCAGCAAUAUUGAUGCCCAAGAAAUUAGUGAAAUCACCAAGAGCCAGAAGGAGUUGGGGGUUAAGUUUGAACAGCUCAUGUCAGCAAAGUCAGAGAACAGGCCAACAGUUCCCUCUGAGUCACUGAAGUUCACAGAACUGGGGCAGCAGCUGCAGGAGACAAGUGGAGAUCUAAAAAGGGCCAAUCAUCUUUUUAGUAGGGCUGCAAAACAGAGUGCUGUGUCCUCCGAUAACCUCAGAAAAGUUCAAGCUGAUAGGCAGUAUGCGAGCGAUGUGAUUGCAGACACUUUGCAGGAAAUGCAGACUUCAGGAACGUUUCAGAGCCUGUUGCAAGCUGUGCAGAGAGAAGAGGAGAAGAAGUUUAACUUCUACACCACCAUCAUCAGGGAGGAGGAAGGAAGGAAGGAGAUAAAGUCCCUCCAGAAACAGCUACAAGAUGUCAAGAAAGAAAAGGAUUUAGAACUUCAGCUCAUGUUGAACUUGGACAUCGCUCUGGGGGAGAGUGAAGCCUUCAGCCCUAUGAUUUUGAAACAUGUGAGGUGGGACACAGCUUGCUUUUGUGCCCCCCCCAUAUGCCCCUCCCUCCCGCCUAUUCCUCAGAACCGGAAUGAGAUGAUUGCAUACCUCAAAGAUCAGCUUCAAGAGAUGAAGGCCAAGACAGACAUGGAGAGCCGCUAUGUGAAGAAAGACACAGAGCUCCAGAUCUACCAGACCCAGAAAAAGUGCAGCAACGCAGAGAGUGACCUAUUAAAUGAAAUUGAGAUGCUGAGGAUCAAAACUGAUGAGGAGAUUAGAGUCCACAUGGAGAUAGAAAAUUUCCUCAGGCAGCAACAGAUGAAGUUGGAAGAGAAGCUAGAAUACUGGAUGGAGAAGUAUGAAAAGGACACGGAAUCUAAACAACAAGAACUGAACACUCUAAAAGCAUCCAAGGCAAAUGAUUUAGCAGCACUGCAGGAACUUGCCAAGCAGUGCCGGUUAUUCGAACAAGUCAUGAUUGAGGAUCGGGUGGAAAAGGAGGCAGCAAGAAGAAAGGUAGAACAGGAUGCGUUGGAAUUAAAGAGCGUCAAGAAGCUACAGGCCUGGUGGAGAGGCACAAUGGUUCGCCACAACAUCGGCCCCUAUAAGGCCAUCAAGAAGCCUAAAGAGGACGAGACAAAUGGCAAAGACAAAGGGAAAAAGGGAAAAGCUGGAGCUAAGAAAAAGUGAUGGCCAUAGAAUCCUGCUCUCGUUAGACUCACAGGGCCCUGGAAGCUUUGGACUCUCAUCAGGGAGGAGCACUGGCUUGUGUACACAGAGUAAGAAAUAAAGCAUUCAGCAGAG